AUGGCUGGCCCUGAUGAUAGGUUUGGAUUCAAGCCAUCUUCCACUGAUACACAGGAUUCCCUGGAGGCAACCCAGUCCAUCGGUCACAGCUCCAAGAAAGGUGUAGGUGAAUCCUUCAAACAUGACAUGAGGGAGGAUAGAAGACUGCAAGAUUUGGAUGAAAGUAAUGAGUUGGAGAAUGAUGCUGAUGAGCAAGAUCGCAAUGGCCAACCCUGUGAAGAUGAAGAUGGGCACUGGUUGACUGCAGGGCCUCUUAUGAUGAUGAAGAUGUGCGAAGCCACAGACACUUUUGAUGUGCUUGAACACCAUCAAAUGAAGAAUGGGCAACACAAAGCUCCCUCCCCAACUCAUUUAGCAAACACACAUCCAGAGCAGCCACCUGCAUGCCUCUCUGUUCCUCAUUCAAAGUCCCCUCAGCACUUACCUUGUUCUUCUGCCUUUCACAAUCUGUCCCCUCGUCAGCACUCUCCAACUCAGUCUAUGAUUUCUUCCAGUCACAAACUGCCAUCCUCUUGUAAACAUUCUUUGUCACAGUCUCUGCACAGGCAUUCUGCUCACCCAGAUCCGACACCUUCUCCCUCUCAGACACCUUCCCCCCCUCCUAGUUCAAGCCAAGCUUCCUCUCAUAGUGCCUCACCUGUUCAACACACCAAAUCCCAACACAUGUCUUGGCAAGCUUUCCUACAGCGAGCAAAGGUGGAAAUGCAGUUGCAGGCAGUUUUAUCAUAUCCUCUUCCAGUUCAUCAGGAUGCAGUGUUACUGGCACAAGAAGUUUUGGAUGCUAUAUUGUGGACAUACCACAUGAGGAAGCUGAAGCUCAACAAUGCAGUGGCUAAGCUCCUGAAGACUGGUGAAUAUCUUUGGCUCCUUGAUUCUUCUGAGGGAAAAUAUACCAACUUUGUGUCACAAGUCCUCAAGGAUGCCUACCUCAAUUUUUACUACAGCAAUGGUAAAAAAGCACUCAAGUUAACUGAUGAUUUUCAACAUCAAAUUCCUGUCAAUGGCCUUAUUCUGGUGGCCAUGGUUACAAAGGGUGUUCUCUCCAGUGUGACGAUCAUACUGGCGCUAGGUGUGUAUGAUCAAUAG